UGAAUUAUUACGCGAAAUGAAUUUGAAAAAGGGGAAAGAGCUGAUGGUGCUCGAUGCUACCGAAGCUGCCUCAACAUGAAAAGCCAUUUAUCCUAGAUAUCUACCCUGCUGUCCGCCAUGAAACUCUAAUAAAGGUCAGUUCUAUGUAUAUGUCAGCUGCAUUUGUACGCGUGGCAGCAUAUCGAUUGACAGGAAGUCGUGGUUGUAAAUCGUUCAGUCUUCGUGUGAAGUUGAAAGUGCACGUAUAUUCUUUUCCACGAGACACACAGUUCCGCGUGUCAUUACUUGACAUUCGUCGGAAAGAAAGCGGCAGACAGGUAACAUGCUCAUAGACGAAUUACAAACCUCAUUAAUUAUCUAAAUCACGAUACAUCAGUCGAUGACAAAAUCGAACGAUUCAAAGGGUCGAGAACAUGUCCGUACAAUUGUAUUAUUACCCUGUGAGCCCACCUUGCCGAGCUGUGUUGCUCACUGCGGAAGCUGUUGGACUCGAAGUAGAGCUAAUCGAAAUGAACUUAAUGGCUGGUGAAGUGACACCGGAAUUCCAAGAGUUAAAUCCGCAAAAGACGAUUCCCUUCAUGGUGGACGACGAUAUCAAGCUGUCGGAAAGCCGAGCCAUUAUGACUUAUUUGGUCGAUCAAUACGGCGAGAAUGACAGUUUGUACCCACAAAAUAUGGAAGCGCGUGCCCUAGUCAAUCAGCAAUUGUAUUUUGAUCUCUGCACGCUUUACGCUAGCAUAAUGGACUAUUACAUGCCUGUGUUCCGUAAACUCACCGACACGUAUGAUCCUGCGAAAUUUGAAAAGAUGACAGACGCCUUCCAAAUUCUGAAUACCAUCCUCGAAGGACAAGAUUACGUGGCUGGACCUAACUUGACGGUUGCUGAUUUCUCCUUGAUCGCGUCUGUGACUACAGCGGAGGUUUUCGGAUUCGAAAUGGAAGAAUAUAAGAACGUUUCCGAUUGGUUGGAAAGAAUAAAAGAAUCCGCACCUGGAUAUCAGAAGGUUAACGGUGAUGCAGUCGAGGCAUUUAAGCAAUUUCUAGAAAGCUCACUGGAGAAAACUAAUGAAGAGGAAGAAAAAGAAGAAGGAGAGGAAGAAAAGGAAGAAGAGGAAGGAGAAAACGAAGAUGCAGGAGAAGAAGAAAAGGAAGAAGAGGAAGGAGAAAAAGAAGAAGCAGGAGAAGAAGAA